UUUUGCUGCGUUUCAAACUAAUGCACACAACAAAGGCAGUUUGCUACGCAUGAUGAGUGUGAUUAAGUUAUAAAUGGAUGCACAGCAGUGAUAUUCGAGAUACUUUUAUAAUAUGCACAGUUAAAUCAAAGUGUUACAUUUGUAAGCGGGCUGUAUCAGUUAAUUACAUGAAUGAACAACAUUCGUGCAAAUAUAAGGAGAAAACAUUACUACAUUUCUAAUUCUCAUGUAUCGAAUAAAAACGUAGAGUGUGAUACUGUGCAAUAAAUAAAGGAACUUUUUAUUGAAACGAAACAACAUUAACACGCGCUGAUAGCCAAGCGAACAGAGAUGAGCUUAUUGAAAUAUGAAGUCAGUUGGUGUUUAAGGGUAAUUGACUUACUGAGGAACUAAAUGCUUGAAUAAUUGGAUAACUCAACAAACGUUUCAAAGCGAUUAGUUUUUAGCGGGAAAACAAACUACUAUAGUGUUAAAGUGUACUAUAAAAAUAGGUGCUUCUGUGAGGAGAUACAAAAGACGAGUCCUGACAGCAAAAUAAAUAAAGGAGAAUAUAAUGGUGUAAUUAUUACUGAUUUAGAUUUUGCUGGAGGUGCUAGAAAAUCGAACAUUACAUUUUAUAUCAUUAGCUUUGAGAAUUAUUGAGGAGUUAAAUGAUUAAUCUGAAAUAUACUGUUUCCACCUAAUGGGAUGACGCGUAAUUGUACUGAGCAUUUGUUGUUUGAAAAAUGACUGCGAUCAAAUGGUGAAAUGAAGAAAAUUCGAAAUGGAAAACAAUGUUUAGUGGUUAGAGUGGAAGUGAAGGGAUUGAAUUAUGGAUAAUUUAGUUCAUAAGUUAGAACGAAUGAUAAUAUUAUCACUGUCAUCCGGAAUACUAAACCAAAUACGGAAUAAAUAAUAUUGCAAGUGAGUUAAUGUUUAGAUAUUUUUGUUAAAACAGGAUGUUUCUGUGAAAACUAAUUUAAAAUUGAAAGCUGUUAAAGUGUUUUCAAACCGAGGAUGGUUACCUAAGUUAAAAAAAUAUACGGUGGCCAUAAAUAGAAAAUACGGAAUUUAAUGUGUAAUUGAAAUGAUUGAAUUCAAUGACUUCAUUGGAUAUUUUCCCUGGAUUUUACCAUGUUCCCUAGUAAUUACCUUGGAGAGAGUAUCCCGCUGUAUUCAACAUUUGUGACCUUGAUCUACGUGUUUUUGUGCCUUAUGUCUGCAAUAGCAUACGACUACGAAAGUCCGACAUACUUUAUUCCUCAACCACACAACGUCACCUUUCAUAUAGGGCAAACUGCAACGUUACUGUGUUCAGUUGAAAACCUCGGAAAUAAAACUGUUGUGUGGAGAAAAGCAUCAAAUCCUCACCCCAUCGCAAUAGGAGAGUUCAUAUACGCCCCAGAUAAACGGUAUUCAGUCCAGAUCUCAAAGGAGAGGAGGGAAUACAAUCUACAAAUUCAUAACAUUCGACAAGAAGAUUCAGGCGUUUAUCAUUGUCAAAUAAGCACCAAAGAAAAGCUCAUCAGACAUAUUUUGCUUACAGUUGAGGGACGCCCGAACGAUGCACCUUCCCGUGCGCACCUAACAGAAGAAACGGAAGAGGGAGAUAUGAUUCCACCAUACAUUAUGCCAGAGAUCGUUUUGUCUGGUAAUGAGUACGUUAACGCCGGUGAUACAAUAAGGCUGGUAUGCAACGUAACUGGAAAUACAGAUAUACCUCAGGAUGUCGACUGGUUUAGAGAUGGCAUAUUGCUGCGGCCUUUCAGCUCACCAAAAAUUCACAUUCGAAAAGACACGUCCAUCACACGAAGAAAAUUGGACAGUGUUCUAGAAAUACACAAUAGCAACUUAGAUGAUGAUGGUUUAUAUAUAUGCAGAAACUCUGAAACAUUAAUUGCAAGUCUCAAAGUGAAUAUCUUAAAUGAAAUAAAAUCAAACACAGGUAAAAGAGGAACUGCGGGUGAUGCUAAAAGCGGACAAAUUUGCAAUAGGCAGUGGUGGACUUUGUUUUUCUCAGUUUUUCUCACUACAGUCGUCACAAAAGCUUUCAUCUACCUCAGCUGACGUCAUCUUAUGAUGUCAUGAUUGCAGUGAUGACUUCAUGUGAUUUUAAUUAUUUGUACUACAUUCCAGUAAAAUCAGUUACGUGUGUACACAUUAAUGUGGCAUCAAACUGUAUCUUUGGAUACUUCUAGUUGCACAAGAGCAAGCACAUAAUUAUAUCUUAUUUAUAGUGUCACAUCUUGAAUAGGUUGUAGUCUAUGUACAAUUACAAUUCGUGAUAUAGACAUUGAACAUUAUGUCAGAUUGCAUUGUGUCAGAUUGCAUUAAGGAAACACACUCUUAACAUAAAAGAACAAUCGGUCACAGAUUCUUGUUUACAGCAAAUUUCUUUGAUGACAGAGUCAUGCAAUUAUAUUUCUUAUUACUGUGACAGUGGCCUUUACGCUCUGAAACGUAUUAUUGUUCAUAAUUAUGAAGUUUAUAGUAGAAAUUCGUUUUUUCUCAAGGCGUUAUAACGCUUUUAAACACCUUUUUACGUAUAUAGUGUAUACGUUGACCUCUUUGGAUGUGUAGUUUAAAAGACUAGUACUCACGCUGUAGUGAUGCAUCGUUUUAUUGGUCAACUUAAAAAGUCUUUAUUUUGUCGAAAAGAAGUCGAGUUCCACCUCCCUCAGUUAACAUCUCUUGGAAAAACUAAGUAAAUGUUUUCACGGAGGUUUUCUUUCUCCGCGGAGGUUAAUUUACUAAGCAUCAAACCAGUUGCAAAAACAUGAUUUUUAUUAGAGAAGUAUUUGCCCUUUACAGAUGAAGUGAACAGAAGUUACUGUGUAUUAAAGGAAACAUGAAUUUUAAUAAAUGUUUUGGUUAGUGUCAUUGUAUGAUUAUGAUUCAUCGAGUGACGAAGUAAUUGUGAAUGUGUUUUUUUUUUCUACUCUAAAAGAAGAUAGUAUUCUUAUACAUUUACUGAAAAUAAAAGGAAACAAUGAUAUUGAACAAAUGUAAUUCUUGACCUAGACAUUCGACAGGAGAAUUAAUAUUUUUCUAUUAAAUCUAUUGUAAUGUUAUUCAUCACAUUGUCAUACCUUAACUGUAGGUAUCUGAAUUGGUCAAAGAUGUGUCUAUUCAAUAAUUUUACAUAAAAUGUUUCUGCUCUGGCUGAACAGCCAAGAUGCAUGUAUCAAUUUGAUAAACAUAGUUUGCAUAUGAAAUUAUAUGAAUACAGAAACGGGUCUUCACAUUUGUUACAUAUUUGUUUUGGCAAUUAUAUAUUUGGAAGAAAUUCAUCAGAAAAUAGUCAUUCUAUCCAUUUAAUCUAUCAUUGUUGGUUUCGCAAGCAAGAAGUAUUGAAAUAAGUCAGGCUGUUUCAACACCCAUCGUUUGGUUCAGACUCUUUUAAAGUCAAAUAGAAACGUAAAACUUGAAAUUAUAUUGAAAUCAAAACAAAUGUUCAGCUUUCGGAAUAUGUUCACAUUGAGCGAGUGUAAUAAUGUAUAUCAUACAUUUCUAAUUGAAAUCUAAUUUUGUGCAGUAGAUUUAAUGUCCAUUAAAUAAGUCUUUAACAGAUUAUCGGAAUAUAAAAGUGAAAAUUGUCUAAAAACUAUAAUUGCUUAAAUGAGUCUGACCAUCUUCAAUACUUACACCCAAAAUGAAGGAAGGAAGGGAGGUUGAUUUUAAUAUUUAACAGAUUGCGUGAACUGAAAAGUGACAAGUAAAGAUGACCUAUCCCUAUGUCCUGAAUUUGUUCUCAUUUCUAUAUUACAUUUGCCUUUUCUUAAUAUUGCUCUGCAGUAAGUAAUAUAUCCUAAAGAGGAAGUGACAGUAAAAAGUUGUCAUUGUUGCUCUCCUGCUGGAACUUCGCAAGCCUUUAUUUACUCUGUCUAAGUCACGCAAAAAUUGUUACCGUUUCAGUAAACUUACACUUGCAUAGACCGACUACUCUCGUGUUAGUCGGUUAUUGGUUUAAAACUAAAUUCAAAUAUGAUAUUGAAAUUCGUACAUUAAGCUUUUAAUUAUUAAGGUGUUUCAUUUUUAAAAAUGGCAUUAUACAUGUUUCAUCAUAAGAUUAAUGUUAAACCAAUAUCAUGUCAAAUCAUCUUUUUACGCGCACGUGUUAUUUUCAUUGAUUUCCUGCUUAUCACCUGAGCAAAACGUUAUCAGAAGAAUUAUGUUUUAAUAGAGAUAUUCUGCUGUUUUCAAAAUUACCAUCAUAUUUAUAAGUUAUUAGCUUUGUAUCGGGAAAUAUGCACGAGUUCUGCAAAGGAAAUAUUGCGCGACUUUAGGAGGCUAAAGAACGAGUGCAUAUUUCUCGAUCUUUUUAUUACAUAUGUAUCUACACGUAUAAAUGUAUUGUAGAUAUUAUGAGUUUGUUCAAUAUCCUGAAUAAGAUUUAUAAUAUUGAACUAUAUAACAGAAUAGAUGCAACGGCACACAUUAACUUACGUCACGCGCCCGAUGUGAAAUUCAGGCGUCAGUGUAUGGACAAAUACUGACGUUUCCGGUGCCAUUGUAACUUAACGGGGAAAAGAAACGAGUAUGCAAUAAGAUUUUUUAUUUAACUAUGUUAUAAAUCGUUCAAAAACCUGAUAAUGGACACAAGCCUGAGUGAAAGGGUUGGUAGAUAUGACAAAGGCUCCGUAAGCCUUUCAAUAUGUGUUGUAAUACAUGACUGACCUGAUAACAUGCAAAACAAAUGUUUGAGAUCCGAAUGGGCAAGCCCUUUUUAAAGUAUUUGUUUUACCAACCUGAUAUAUUUAAAUAAUAAUGAUGAAAAUAGGACAUUGAUAUAAUUUUAUAUAUCAUAACAUUUUGUAAAUAAACAAUAUAUUAUGUGAAUAUGUGCUUUCACGAUAAUAUAAUAUUGUUAAGCGACCACCUGUAUUGUUUCAAGUUUUAAUUAAAUGUUAAAGUCGUUGGCCGAAAAGUAUACGCAUGGAAUUCAAUACAGACUAGAGCUACUGUUCUCCCAACAUAUCUUUUUUAUUAUCAGUGCUUUGCCAACCUACAAUAUAGAUUGUAUUAUUAUAUUGAUUAUUAUUUAUAAAGCAUUUCAAAUUACAGACGCUCGUCAAAAUCUAUCGGCGUUUUGGAAAAUUAUUUUGAAUUCACAUUGUUACUGUGUACCAGAUGUCUACAUACAUUAAGAUUACCAUGUAUUUGUCAGAAUUGUAUCAGCUGAUCUAUUGAAAAGUGAAUGCAGCGUUUCCAAUACAAAGAUUUGAUUUGGCAUUGUCUCUUUUAUUGUUUAUCCUAUGCUUACAAUGUGUCCCCUCAGAAAUGUUAUCACAUCAAAUGUCCAUUAAUCAUUGUGCUACACUUUGCUGUUUUCCCUUAACAUUUAUUUCAUAACCGUGUUACAAGCGGUUUACAUCACUUUCCUGAUUAUAUGUCAUGGUAUAAAUAUAACAUAAAAAUGUAUGAUGUUGACAAUUCGGUUGUUUCAGAGCAAUAAAAUUUAUAAUUGA